AACCAAACCAAGCGCGUUGUUGUAAAGUACGACGUAAAUGAUGCGACUACCUACAUACUUAGCAACGGUAAACGUUGCUAUCACCCUUCUGGUAUCCAGGUGGAAACAACAACUAGGACUAGCGACUGCCACUCCGAACGACCAACAACAGAUAGACCGUGUUCGUCACUGGAGCGUUGUAGACAUCAAAACCGCGUCGUCCUCCAAAAAAACAAAUCGUUUCGCAAUUAUUAUUCGGUAAUAAAGGGCUGCAACAAUGUGUAGCAAGAAGGAGGAUGAAGAUUUCGAAGCUUCCAUGAGCAAGGUGGAUGAAGUUAUGAAAAUUCUUAACAUGAUGACCAGCGGGGACAAAAAUAAGGAACAGAUGGGACUGGCGUUCGCUGAUCGGUUUUUAGGUGAAGACAAAAAGGAGUUGGAGAAAAUUGAUGAAAGCAACUUCAUAGUUCGUGUCAAUCAGGAGCGCACGGUGAUCAACAAGAAGGAGGAAGAUUCUUUGGAACGGCCGAUUGUGGAUAAAUUUGCAUUUAUGGCUGAAAUUGAGCGCGACGCCGCUAAGCGUGCGGCGGAUCGCAAAGAUAGAGAGCAGACUGCUCAAGGAUUACGACGAGCCGGUAAUCGCGCUUUUCGGGAGGGUAAAUAUGAGAAGGCAAUCAGUAUGUACACGAAGGCGAUAGAUUAUAUUCGGGAUAGUCCAAUUUUGUAUAACAAUCGAGCACUGGCCUACAUCAAAAUUGAUCUGUGCAAGCGUGCGAUAAUAGAUUGUGAUUUUGUGAUUAGUAAGUUGGACGAAAAGAAUCUACGCUCGUGGGUUUACAGGGCUCAGGGUUAUUUUCGAUUGGGCGAGAUGCGUUCGUACGAGAAAAGCAUCAACGAAGCAAAGAAAAAUAAUCCCAAAGAUUUGGACUACAUCGAUCGGAUUGUGCUGGAAAUUGAAGGGAAGGCGGUGGCAGCAAUGGAAGGCAUUGAAUCGGAGGGAGCCGACACAACCGGUGCGGAAGCAGGUGGCGACAGUAGCCAACGACCCUUGCCGAUGGACGAUGUACAAUCAAUUUCGUCUAAUGAUUCUUAGAUUUUAUUUUUACAAAUGCUACAGGUUAUUUCG